AUGAAGUGGAGACAUCGAAAAGGGAGAUUGUGUAAGCGGUCUCUUCCGUUCAAGGACGAUAAGAUUACCAACUUCCUGCGCGUUAUAAUCACGCUCUCCGCCGCUUCACUCGUCAUUACGAUGCAGAGUGUUCCAUCGUACGCAUCCGCUCAUCCGCUCCGUUACCGAAGUAUUGGAGCACACAAGACAAGAGAUCAGGCGAGAGACGCCCGAAAACAUCGAGCGCCCUUUCAGAAAGUUGCAUGA